UUCUGCUUCCAGCCAAUUGGCUCAGUGCAAGUCGGGCUCCGGCGCAGCUCGUGUGGCGCACGCGGUUCAUCGCCUCCUGGAGGCCGGGGAGUGUGCGUUAGGAGCCCGGAAUACAGCGCAGGGCUGCGGAGGAGUUAGGAUAAGCAGCAGUAUGUCGGGCUCCGGGUUAUUGGUGGAGUUGCUAGGGGAGAAGCUGGUGACGGCGGAGCGGGAGGAGGUGGAUGUACAGGCUCUGGCUUCCCGAGUCUCCCUGAUCGGGCUGCUGUUCGGCUGCGGAGUGAGCGCUCCUUGCUUGCAGCUUCUGCCCGGCCUCAGUGAUUUUUAUUGCAAAACCCGGGACCGCCUGGAGAUUGUUCUCAUUUCCUCGGACCCGGACCAGAAGAAGUGGCAGCAAUUCCUUAAAGACAUGCCAUGGCUGGCACUGCCCUACCAGGAGAAGCACAAGAAGCUAAAAUUAUGGAACAAGUAUAGAAUUUCCAACAUUCCCUCACUUAUAUUCAUUGAGGCAUCUACAGGGAAAAUUGUAUGCAGAAAUGGCCUCCUGCUAAUUAGAGAUGACCCAGAAGGUUUGGAAUUCCCAUGGGGGCCAAAGCCUUUCAGUGAAGUCAUUGCUGGAUCAUUAUUAAGGAGCAAUGGCCAGACACAGGAAAGUAGCACUUUGGAAGGGUCUUACAUUGGUGUCUAUUUCUCUGCACAUUGGUGUCCACCUUGCCGCAGUCUGACCCGAGUGCUAGUAGAAUCGUACCGGAAAAUUAAGGAGUCUGGUCAGAAGUUUGAAAUUGUGCUGGUUAGUGCUGAUAGAUCAGAAGACUCCUUUAAACAGUAUUUCAGUGAGAUGCCCUGGUUGGCUGUUACAUACAGUGAUGAAGCAAGACGGUCACGGCUUAAUCGGUUAUAUGGAAUACAAGGUAUCCCAAACCUCAUCGUAUUGGAUCCCAAGGGAGAAAUCAUUACGCGGCAGGGACGUGUGGAAGUGCUUCAUGAUGUAGACUGCAAAGAAUUUCCGUGGUACCCAAAACCUGUGGUUGAAUUAACAGACCUAAAUGCUGUGCAGCUGAAUGAGGGUCCCUGCCUUGUUCUCUUUGUAGACUCUGAAGAUGAUGGAGAGUCAGAAGCAGCAAAGCAACUUGUUCGACCUAUUGCAGAAAAAAUUAUAGCACAAUACAAAGCCAAAGAUGAGGAUGCACCACUACUGUUCUUUGUUGCUGGAGAGGACGAUAUGACGGAUUCCCUGCGGGAUUUCACCAACCUCCCAGAAGCUGCCCCAUUGCUGACCAUACUGGACAUGUCGGCUAGAGCCAAAUAUGUGAUGGAUGUGGAGGAAAUAACACCAGAGAUUGUGGAGAGCUUUGUUAAUGAUUUUCUAGCAGAAAAACUGAAACCAGAGCCCAUUUAAGAAGAUAUUGCUACAGUAUUCUUACCCUGCAGAAAAAAAGAAGUCAUUAUUUAAAACUACGGCUGCUUUUUUUUGCCACAGAUAUUUUAAAAUAACUGGCACAGCUUGGCACACCUGAUGGUGCCUUUGUGUUCUGUUUUAAGACUGUGAGAUCCUCCUGGACCAUGCAUAUUGCUUCUGCAAAACAGUGUUACCAAACAUUUCACCAUAAAUACCAGUGCAGAACUUGUACAGAUUGGAAUCCACCAUUUUGUGUCUGGCAUCACUGGUUACCCACAGCUGUUUCUAAGUAUUCCUAAAUGUUUCAUAUCUGAUUACUCUGUUCUAAACAGGCUUGUUUGCUACAUUUUGUAGUAAAUGUAGUUUAUAUAAUUACUGGUAUACAACAAUAACACUGAAUUUUUGAACGUUUUCUCAGUAUCCAUUUUAUUUGCACAUGCUAUUUUAUUGAACACACUGUGUUUUGCCUUGUGUAUCUACAGAUUGUGGAGCUUCAGAGUUUUGGGGGGAAAUGUUUAGCUUUUAUGUGGCACUAUCUUCUGACAAUAGACUGAAUAGUAUAACAUAUAUAUUAACAGCUGUAUGGAAUAAGUCGUACAGGUGAAAACAGACCUCUCUUAAUGGGUGUAGAUACCAAAUCCUUUCCUGUUAUUUGCAAUGUUAAAGCUGCAUUUUUUGUUAACAUAUCUAUAAAGUUUGUCUCACAGCCUAGCACAGUUCUGCAUGCAAAUAAAGCACAAGACCCACACAAUGUUUGGUAAAAAUAUACUUCUUUUGUAACAACAUAUUCACCAACGUCGUAUUUCAAUCCAAUUGCACUUCCUUGUAAAAAUGGAUAUCUAUGACAAAGGAUAAUGGAUGUAUAAUAUUUGCAGGGUUCAUUAAAGACCGCCACCCUUAUGAAUUUUUCAUAUUA